GCCGACGUCUGCGCUGCGACUGUUUUUGCUGCGGUGUAUGUGUUAUGAACCUGUCUGUGUGGCGUGUACAGAGAUGGCAAUGCAAUCGUAGCUGGACGCACAGCCUGAGAGAGGUGAAAGCUGGCUUUUUAUCGAGAAAACGGAUACAAAAAACUACAGUUUAUAACAUCACUGCGGAGCUACGGGCACGGGGAGUCAUGGGCCACGGAGUUGGGUGAGGAUCCGGAGGGUUCCGCAAACCACACCGAGCGCUUCCACUGCGGUGUAUGACAUGGCCACGCCCUCGGCCACAACGGAGUGUGGCAGUAACCACGGAGGGACGUCGCAGCUGCACGCCGUCGUUGCCUACGCCAAACUCAAGCGCAAGAAGAGCUUGUUUGGUACCACCAUCUAUGUGGAGGUGACAGCGGAGGGGGAGUCGCGCCGCACGACCAAGUCCCACAGCUCUUCCAACCCCAAGUGGGACGAGCGGCUCACCAUGAAUGUCUGGCCACACACACUAGUGGACUUCAAGGUGUGUAGUCACCACACCCUGAAGGCUGAUACGGUGCUGGGGAAAGCCACUCUGAACCUCCACCAGGCCUUGGAGAAGCACAACCGGAAAUUGGAGAAUGCGAAGGAGGUGCUAAAGCUGGUGCUGGACCAUAAGGGGGCUGUGGUCAACACAGGAGAGCUGGUCGUGUUCCUGGAUGGUCUAACCGUCAACCAUGAACAGCUGCCCAACGGCAACACUUCCGCCUCUACCAAACUUCAGCAGAACGGUGAUGCUAUUCAUGAAAAUGGAGGUGACUCCACGUCAAGGACUCCCACCAGCUCUGUGAAUGGCACCGGGCAUCCUCCAUCUACCGGGGUGGACAGCGAGGGUCCUUCCACCUCCUCCGCUCAAAGCGACUCCUGCUUCCCCCCCGGCCCGGACCCAGUCAUCAACGGCAAUGCAGCGUCCUCCCCGACCUGCCAAGCAGCCGUCGUCAAGCCCACAAAUAACCCUGCCUCCACUGAUGGUGAAGUAGUCAUUAAGACUGUGAAUGGUGAUACCGGGGCCGACGCUGCAGCCGGGUCCACAGACGAGACAGAGCCCCCUGCAGGCGGCACGGAGGACUGCGGCAAAGCCGCCGCCACCGCCUCCCCUGACCCAGACCCCACCCCCACCCCUGAUCCCUCCCCUCAACCCCCCACGGAGACUCUCCCCGCUGAGCACGACGACGCCGCCGCCGCUGCUGCUCCGCCCUUCUCCUCCGCCCCAGGCCAGGCAGCCCCGGCCCCCUCGCCCACGCCCCCCAGCUCCACAACGGAGGCGGCAGAGGGCUCCGGUGGGGCGGACGCCGACGGAUCCAAGCCCAGGCAGCCGGCCCUGAACGCGGGCACUUCGGACCCUCUGCCCCCCGGGUGGGAGCAGAGGAAGGAUCCUCACGGGAGAACGUACUACGUGGACCACAACACCAGAACCACCACCUGGGAGAGACCCCAGCCCCUACCGCCGGGUUGGGAGCGGCGCGUAGAUGACCGAGGUAGGAUCUACUAUGUGGACCAUAACACCAGAACCACCACGUGGCAGAGGCCCACCAUGGAGUCGGUGCGGAACUUCGAAGCGUGGCAGUCCCAGCGCAGUCAACUCCAGGGGGCCAUGCAGCAGUUCAACCAGAGAUACAUCUACUCGGCUCAGAUGAUGUUGGCCGAGAAUGACCCCCUGGGCCCGCUACCUCCCGGUUGGGAGCGGCGCGUGGACUCCAAUGACCGGGUGUACUUUGUCAACCACAACACCAAGACAACUCAGUGGGAAGACCCGCGGACACAAGGGCUACAGAACGAGGACCCUCUUCCCCAGGGCUGGGAAAUCCGUUACACGCGGGAGGGCGUCCGAUACUUCGUAGAUCACAACACCCGGACCACCACCUUCAGUGACCCGCGCACUGGGAAGUCCUCUGUCACCAAAGGCCCACAGAUAGCGUAUGAGCGCAGCUUCAGGUGGAAACUAGCACACUUCCGCUACCUGUGCCAGUCCAACGCACUCCCCAGCCAUGUUAAGAUCACCGUGUCUAGACAGACGUUGUUUGAAGACUCUUUCCAGCAAAUUAUGGCCCUGAAGCCUUACGACUUGAGACGGAGGCUUUACGUCAUCUUCAGAGGAGAAGAAGGACUGGACUACGGUGGUUUGGCCAGAGAGUGGUUCUUCUUGUUAUCCCACGAGGUGCUCAACCCCAUGUACUGCCUCUUUGAGUACGCUGGAAAGAGUAACUACUGUCUCCAGAUAAAUCCUGCCUCCACCAUCAACCCUGACCAUCUCUCCUACUUCUGCUUCAUAGGACGAUUCAUCGCCAUGGCGCUGUUCCAUGGCAAGUUCAUUGACACAGGCUUCUCUCUGCCUUUCUACAAACGUAUGUUGAACAAGAAACUCAUCCUCAAAGAUCUAGAGUCCAUUGACCCAGAGUUCUACAACUCUCUGAUCUGGAUAAGGGAUAACAACAUCGAGGAGUGUAAUCUAGAGAUGUACUUUUCUGUGGACAUGGAAAUCCUGGGGAAGAUCACGUCACAUGACUUGAAGCCUGAUGGAAGUGACCUCCUGGUGACGGAGGAGAACAAGGAGGAGUACAUUGGGCUGAUGUCAGAGUGGCGGUUCUCCCGUGGUGUGGAGGGCCAGACCAAAGCUUUCCUGGACGGCUUUAAUGAAGUGGUGCCUCUACAGUGGCUUCAGUACUUUGAUGAGAAGGAGUUGGAGGUGAUGCUGUGUGGCAUGCAGGAGGUUGAUCUCCAGGACUGGCAGAGGAACACCGUGUAUCGCCACUACACCCGGAACAGCAAGCAGAUCAUCUGGUUCUGGCAGCUGGUGAAGGAGGUGGACAACGAGGUACGUCUCCGACUCAUGCAGUUUGUAACGGGAACCUGCCGACUGCCUCUAGGGGGCUUUGCUGAGCUCAUGGGGAGUAACGGCCCUCAGAAGUUCUGCAUUGAGAAGGUUGGAAAAGAUACUUGGCUCCCUCGGAGUCACACUUGCUUUAACAGGCUGGAUUUGCCACCGUACAAAAGCUUUGAACAGCUGAAGGAGAAGCUGCUCUUCGCCAUUGAGGAAACGGAAGGCUUUGGCCAAGAGUAGAGAGGUAUGCCUCUCUCUCUCUACUGCAGUGUAUCCAGCCAAGUUCAUCAACAAAAAGGACAAAUUGCACAGAUAACUACCAAUGUACAUAAGCUAUUUUGUCAUUUUAAAAACCAAAUCUUAAUUCACAACCUCAUUUUAGCUAUCCAACUUAUACUACAACCCAUAAAAUAUGCAAGCAUUUGAGCUUUUCCUCUUUUGAAAACAGAAACAUCUAUAUGAUGUUUUUUUGUUGUUUUUUUUGAUGUUUUUUAAAAGGAGACAAACAAUGUAGAGAGGAUUUCUUUGUGAGACGUAACAUAUAGCUCUAGUUUUAUAGAGCUUUUAAAGAGUGAUUGCAGUGUUCGGUCCAGUGCCUGGGUUUUUUGGACCUGUAGUUGUGAUUGUGCUGCGUUUGCAUGGCUGCCUCCGGAGAAGACCCCCAAGCCCAACUGCACAUCCAUUCAUAUCAACUCAAUUGAACCCACCAGCCAGUCAGUAUUGGAAAAACUGUUCAGUGCCACCCUCCCUCCUGCUCCGCAAACACGAUGAGAUGGACGGUAAUGGUCUCCAUUAAAGUCUGGAUGACCACUCUGCUUUCAGACUUGGCUCAUGAGAAUCAUACUGUCACAGGAGUUGAUCCAGUCUCAUGUCUUGGAUAAUGAUUUAGACUGGCGAGAAAAUGGAAUCUGUGAUGCUUCUGAGAUGAUUUGUGAGUUCCUGACUCAUGAAAGGACGAUGACCAGCUCCAUGAGGUUGUGUACGCAACACAGCUGUGUUACUUUUGGAGAGCACACGGAUCAAAUCAUUGGUUCCAUUUAGAAGUUUUAUUAAUGGGACCCAUGUUUAAUGUGGUUCCCCCCAUUACAAUGGUGCUUGCAUAAAGACCUUAUCUUUUUAAAAUGGUAGGACCUCUUUACCCCAGUUUAGAAACGGUGUCAGAAAACGGAAAACGGAAAAUGGUGUCGACUGGUGGCUGUGGCACGAUCCAGUGUUUUUUAUUUUCGGUUUUGGGGGCUUUUAGGUCUCUUCUGCUGUGACAGAUUUCUCUCUGGCACUCAAAAGCUUUGCUCUCCAGCCAUGGUACUUCACUUAAUCUCCUUACAUUAUAUACCUGCCUAUUUAAUUUAUGCUGUAAUUUUUUGUUUUCUGAGAGAGAUGACAGCCUUAGUCUCAAAUGCUGUAUGUUUACCCAACACAAAGCGAAGCAGGCGCUAUUCAUGGAAAGAGAUACACAUACAAAAUCAAGUUAUAGUUCUGGGGACAUAUUCACAAAACAUCUUAAGGCUCAAAGUAGCUCCUAAUGUGCUGAUUUAUGAGUAGCGCUUAAAAAAUAUGGGCAUGUCAGUCAUUACUUUAGGCCAGUUUUGGUCUAAGAGUAUUUCACAAUGCGUUCUACUGCUAAAACCAGUUCCUACAUCUGUGAAUAGUUAGGAGGAGUCAAGAGGACUCCUAAGUCAGUAAGACCAAGUCACAAACAAUCCUGAAAGGGCUGCUGCUGGCAAUUCGCCUCGUAAUCAGGUUGACGUUUUAGAAACAUUUAUUGAUACUGAGCCUUUAAAUAGGUAUUGGCUUAAUCACGAAGGUAUUAUGAUCAUAGCAGAGCUAGUCAGGGAUGCAGUCACCAACAAACAGAAACAACCCAAUAACUUCGUAACAUCAAGGUUAUGACAACUCUACGCUACUUGGCUCAGGGAAAAUGCAGCUAUGCAGCGCAGACAAACUACGUAUGUCUUAGUCAUCUGUCAAUUGAAUAUUACAUCAAACAAUAAAUGCCCUCCCCAGACUCCAUAUCAUGUGACCGAUCAUUCAGUUUCCUCAUGAUGUUCACCACCUGCAAAGAAACAAAGCCGACUUCAUGGCCAUAGCAUGUGCUGGGACCCAUAAUUGCACAAAUUAUUGCACCAACAAAAGAUUAACACGCAUUUCUUUACGAGCUGCCAGACAUGUAAGAGAUGGACAAUUAGCUGAACAUAUCUUGACUAGUCAUUAUAUCAUUCUUGGUUUCAUGUUUAAUCAGUGACACUUAGCCUACAUUUUAAUUUUAAUAUCUUAAUUUCAAUAUUGGAACAUGACACAUUCUUCUUAAAGUAUUGCUGUAAUAAAUUCACUGACAGAGACCCCUCCCCUAUCAGGCAGUCACUGUAGGUAGUAAGCUUGUUGGUGGAAUAUGACAUCAACCAUAGCAAUGGGGUCAACCCCGCCCUUUCUCUUAGCUUAAGACUUUUCCCCAUUCCUUAGUAGAAGUUGGUCAGCAGCUUUGUGAAUAGGUUUUAAGAGGAAACUCUUAGCUAGGAACUUUUAGUGCUGUUUAGGAGUCGUCCUAGUGGUAAGAUAAAAUGUUUUGUGAAUACGGCCCCUGGACAGUAAGUUCAUCAGUUACCUGACUUUUCUUGCUUAUAAUGUUUCUGUGUAUGUGCCAUACAACACAAACGUUCAGUGCCAGAAGUGCUUCCUAGUUCUAGUUGCUACCCACUGCUCAAGCGUUCAGAUUUUUCUUUUUCAUGCAGUCAAAUAUCAGUGUCUCCUUGUCAUGAAAUGAAUUGUAUUAAUAUCAGCAAGUUACCUUUUUCUUACUCUCAACUUAGAAGCUACAGUUGUACAGCUUUCUAAAGAGACAAUGAUUGUUAGAAGCGUUGCGCUGUCGCAAUGUAUAUGUCCCUUUGAAACCCUACAAGGUAAUUUGAAUCGCUGUGCAAGGAUACAUAAUCCCGCGCUAUGACCAUUGGGUUUCCUAUCAGUUGAUUAAAAUAAACAGUGACAUGCCUUGGCAAGCUAUAAUGCAAUGCUUUGGGUCUUAGUUGUCAUUUUACUGAUUUAAUAUUUCCUUUGUGUUAUGCGCAAUGCAUUUUCCCAUUUUUUUUUUUUUUGUAUUUUGAAAUGUGAAUCUCUACCAACAACUCUGGUGCUUUUUUGUUCUUCAGUUUUGAUUGUCUGGCGCAGUGAAGGAUGGAAGUUGGGGGAAGCCCUUAGCCAUUCACUGUGACAAACCAUUCUGCUGAAUUCUGUUCUGACCACUGCGUUGCAAACCAUAAUACUUCUGAACCAUAAUGGGUUCAUGUUGAAGUUAUAUCCGUCGUGAUGUGUAUAGAAAAUCUGUUCACUGUUCCUAUUGGUGAGAAAAGGACGCAUCACAAAAAAGUGGAAAAGGGGCAUUGGUGUAAACUACCCUUGUCUGAAUGACAGAAGAAACCACCCCAUACUAAUAGUGUGCUUCCUGUAAAAACAGAAAAAAGUCUAUAGUCAAAGAAACAUUGAUAGUGUAUAUUAAGAAGAACUCAAUGUAAAAAAGAAAAGUACUUAAUUAUUGUUCAGAGCCUCGCUAUCAUCGAGACACAGGCUCUAUGACGCCUUGCUCGUAUCAGAGAUGAACUGUAACAUAUCCACCCAUGUAGAUACACACUGUAUAACUGUAAAACCCCUACUUGAGACUGUAUAGAAGAUUCAUUUGUAAUCUGCUUUUACCCAUGUUAAUAAAUAUAAGAUGGAAUUAUGAUAAACCCCUGCCCCUCAUGCUGUUCUGUUUUGAGAGACAUGGGGGUGUCUGUGAGGCAUUCUGCUCAGGAUUCACAAAAACCUGUCGCCUAUUAUUUCAGUUCUUAAACAUUUGAUUUCUUUCUGUUUCGUUGGAUCUUGCCUGUGGAAAGAACCAUAUUUAAUAAAUGUAUCUGACCAUCUUUA